GAACUCGAGGUGAAUCCCGAGUUGAAAAAAAGACUAAGCAUGUGGCUCGGGAGCAGAUUGAGACGGGAUCUUGAAAGCGUUGCGUUAGUGAAGACAGCCGAGUCUGAAAACUUUGUCAGACCAGAGGACAUCAGGGAUACCUUGCUGCCACAUUCCAGCACUGACAUCAACAUCCGAACCAAGAGGUCCAAAGGUUGCGCGCUGGGGACCUGCGCGGUGCACGACUUGGCAGACCGCAUCCAACAGCUCAACCGCAACAGGCUGAAGUCCGACGCCCCCAUUCACAAGAUGAGCCCUCAGGGAUACGGCCGGAGGCGCAGAUCCGUUCCAGAGAGGCAAGUCUCCCUGAGGCUGGAGAAGGGCAGGUUGAGACCUGUGUGGAGACUGAACAACUCGCAGGUUCACAAGCUUGAAGCGCUACUCAGAAGGACAUGAGAGGGAUUUGGAAAGAGGAGUUGGGAGCAAAAAAAAAAAAAAA